AUGUGGAAGAUCAUUUGGAAGGCAUUUCUAUUGAUGAGAUCAAACUCAGCACUUCAAUCUAACACCACUCCACUGAGUACUGUACAAUGGUUUGAAGAAGGAGAUAUGGGGCUUGGGGACAGUCUUCUUCAAGAUGUGAACUGGCCACAUUUGAAUACACCACCAAGCCAAAAUCUCUUGCAAUUGGAUGAAUUGAACCAAGAUGAAAUAAUAAACUAUAUCACCCAUGAUGAUUUGAGUCCUUACAUAUUGCAAAUUGAUGAUCAAAACAAACCAUUUUCUUAUUUUGAAGAAGGAUAUCAAGGACACCAAUCAUCCCAACAUGAAAGUUUAUACAAUAAUCUUGAUACAUACUGGAAUGCUUAUAGUCACCUACAAAUGUUUUCACAACCUGAUCCACUAGAUUCUUGCCUAGGAAACCCUGUGUGGGAAAUAGAAAAAACCAUACAGCAAAGAAAAGAUAUGAUCCAUGAAACUUCAACUUCAAAAACAGACCUGUACAAACUUUUGGACUCAGAUAUAGAAACCUUACAACCCUAUAAAAAGCCCAAACUCACGGGUUAUAACAUCCAUGACAAGCGCAAAAACCUAGUACCAAUUUUGGAGGGCUGUACAUACUUUGAAACUCCUCAAUAUGCUCCUUAUAUAUCUCCACCUCACCAUCAAGCUUCAAUAUCACAAGAAUCAAACAACAUAGGCUACUUGCUUCCAGAUCCUGCAGAGAGAUUUGAGGCAGAAAAAAAGCUUCAGGAAACUCAAGACAGCCCUGAUUUUCCAAACAUGGCCCUCUACAGCUUUUUGGAUCCAUUAAAAGUAAACUGUGAUCCACAUACAGGACUUGAAAAUAUGUGUUCCUCUAUCAUUGACAGCCAGGAGUAUUCUCUGCCUGGAAAAGGGAGGGCUAUUGAAAUGGAUAUGGCUCAAAGUGUCACUCCUCAAGUUCAAAGCUGCCUGCAAGAUUCAAUAUCAAAACAACCAUAUACUCUGAAUAACAUGAUUAAAAACCCUUCAAAUAUAGAUGGAAAAAGACAAUUUUUCCAGGAGAGCCAAAGUGCCCAGUAUGAAUCUUUGUCUUCACACACCAACCUCCAUGGCUGUUUUGAGAAAAGCCAAUUCAACUUUCAUCCACAUAAUGAAUUCAAACCCACCUGCACUACCAUUGAUGAAAUCAACAGCCCAAUGAAUGCAAAAAUUCUUAGCUUUACUUCUCUUACUCGAACCUGUUUGCAAGCAUCUGUAUCAAAGGGUUCAAGAGUACUUGGGGAUUCAAUUCAAGAUCCAUCAUAUCCAGUGAAAAAUCUCCCAAGGGAUCUUUGGAUGGAAAAGUACAACAUGGGUGUGGAAAAUUUACACAUAAAUUCUCUCAGUCAUCAAGCUGAUAUUGAUGGAAGAUUAUUGCUCAAAGGAUUGACAAGAGAAGAGGAGACAGAAAAUGCCACAAGAGCAUCACCCUCACCAUCAGAUUUCAUUGAUAUUCAUGUUCUUAAAGGAAAUACCCAUUCAAGUGGAAAUGACAUAGCAGCCAGUACAUCACUUGUGGAAGCAAUCAAUAUACCACCAGAAAUAAAAUGCAUGCCAAAGGGCUCUAUAAGUAUCGGAAACCAUGAUCCAAUGGGAAUAAAGGAAAAACUCAACCCCAGCCAUUCAGCCAGUGUAAUUGGCUUGGUAUUUGCAGAAAAAUUAAUGUCCCCAGGGUCUUCAAGAGUCACAUCAAAUCAACUGAUUUUAGCCCUGCAGCGUAUUGGUGCCUUCAUGGUUAAUAUGUCACCAGUUUUGUGUUAUGAGACAACAGUUUGGUUUGAGAAACUACACAAGGAGAUGAUCCAAAAUAAUAGUGAGGAAAAAUCAGCAGUGGAGCUAAUUAAUCUAGCAAUCAAGCUUUCUCACCUGAAAAUCACAAUGUGCUUUCUGGGGAUCAUUGGAGUCUUUGCAAACAAUGGAGGUGACCAGUUAUCGCUAGAAAUCCUUUUGAAAGAGGGUUGGGAAUUUCUCAAACUCCAUUUUGAGGAAUGGAGGAACUUGAAUGUAAAUGACAAGAAUGAAAACCAGGUGAAGAGAAAGGAUUUCAACAAACCUGACUGGAAAGACCCAAUCUUAUGGUUCCAUUACCUAAGUCGCCUUUCAAGACAUGCAGAACUGGCAGUUGAUUCAAUAUAUCAUCUUAUGAAUAGAUGGGAUGAUCAACAAACAACCUCAAAAAUUAAUGCAAAGCAUUUGUCAUGGUACCGUUCAGAGAUCAAAGUCUUCCAUGACUCUCACUUGAAAUAUAUCCAUGGUGGGUUUUAUGGAAGAGGAGAGAUUAGGAACAUUGCGUUCAGGGGAGUAAAAUUGUCUGGGAAAUAUACAAUGUCACCUUGUGGAUCAGAAGGAAGCUGGUACAAAAUCUACAAGUUUCUAUCCUAUUCUGCACAGUUUCACUCAUCUGUGGGAUUUGAUAUGUGUCAAGAGGUCCACAAUUUCUUUGUUUCCUUACUUGAACAUAUGAUGAAGUUUCAAAAUGGAAUACUGAAUGAUGAUAUAACAUAUGCUGUAAAGAUACCCGGUGCUAAAAAAUUGUCAUCACAUAGGAAGCCUGCUGAUGAAAAUGUUGAAAAAAUUGUGAAGGUCAUCAGUUUGGCUGAGUACAGAGUGACUGUUGGUUUCAUAGGGCUUGUAAGAGUCCUCUACCAGAAUGAACUCCCAGUAGUUACACUCAGGUUGGUACUCAAGAGUGCAUGGGAGUUCCUACAAGGGAUAUUCUCACAAUGGGCAGACUUUCAAUUUGAGAAGAAUCUCCCUCAGAACCUCAAUAGGCAGUGUUUGAAUAAGCAUAGGAUUACAUUAGAUUACACUGAUCCUAAUGAGCUCUUCAAUGUAUUGUGGCAAUUUCAAGUUGUUUCAAGAAACCCUGUGCCACUUCAUUGCUUACCUCGUCUGCUCAAGUCUUGGAAUAAUGACUUAGCAAACUUGAAAAAGUUGCAUCCAAAUGAUUACAAUUUUGAAAUUAAGGCUCUGCUUGGUGAGACACCAUUGAGUUGGUCAAAACUCCUUGAGUAA